AGGCAUUAAGAAGACUUCAUUCUUAACGGUCUUUAGUUACUCGCUCUAGUCAAGUUUAAACAAAACGGAUCUUUUCGGUUAAUUUAAUGACGUGCAGAACACUACUGGACCUCUUUUUGUAAUAUGCGGAAUCACACAAUACUUGUUAUAUUCAAUUCAGUUUCAUCUGCACUUCUUUUACCGCAUGUAUAACUCGAUAAACUUAAUUUUUCUUAGCAAAACUCGUCCUUCAUAAUUUGCAUACGCUAAAAGUAUCGUCUUAAACAUUUUGGCUUUAUAACACAUUUUGCUCAUACGUUGCAAACGUAUUCGUCUCACAAACUUCAGCAAACUUUGCUACGUUGAAAACAUCGUCUUAAACAUUGUCUUUACAACAGAAUAUGGACACUGAACAUCUACUUAACGACCUCAACAUAGACACUGCAGUAGUGAAUCAAGGCGUUCUCCAUUUCAAUGAUACGACAACUGCUCUCAAUGGGGACGCCUCUCUGAUAAACGAGGAUCAAUAUGCCGAACUGAAUAGAUGGAAAGACGAGAUCAUUAAUAUCGCUAUCAUCGGCCAAUCAAGACAAGGCAAAUCUUCCUUCAUAAACGCCCUCUGCGGAGAAGAAGUAGCUGCUGUUGGGGACCUUGCACCGACCACUAUGGAGAUUCAAAAAGUUGCAAAUACAGAUUUCCCCAACUGUGUUUUCUGGGAUCUCCCCGGCAUUGAUGGGAUCAAGUUCAAACGAGAAACAUACUUUGACGACAUUAAACUGCAGGAAAACAACUACGACGUGUAUAUCAUUGUCACCAAAGAGAUGCUCGGAGACGGGGAGCUCUUUGUUGCCAAAGAAUUGGUUGCAAGAGGAAAGUUGUUCUACCUUGUGCGAACGCACGUAGACGAAAAAGUGGCAAAGUUAGUGAAGAAGCAGAAAGUUAGCGAGAACGACGCCGUCGCUGAAAUUCGGAAGCUCCUGAUGACACAGCUUAACGAAAGUGGCUUUGAUCAGGAGCUGCACAAGAUAUUCCUUGUGAACGUUGAAGAGCCCUUCGAAGCAAUGCAAUAUUUCGAUAUGGCUCUGUUCGUGGAAACAAUUUGCAGGCGUGGGUUUGCAUCUCAGACAAAAGCUUCUGCAUUUCUGUUUUCAAUCAAAAUCCGAGGGCCGCAGAUGGUACAGGAAAUGUACAGUCAGUUGAGGAAAAGAAUAAAAGUUGUUGCAACGGCUUCAGCUGCUGGUGGAGCGCAACCUAUUCCAGGAGUUGGAAUGAUCCUUGAUGCGAAGUUAAUUUACGAUGAAAUAAAGCUCUAUUUGGAAAAGUUCAAUCUCACCAAGGUAUCCAUUGCUGAAACAGAAAAGAAGGCUCACAAGGAACCAGAGAGUAUUGAAAAGAUGGUAGUUGCACUGCUGUCUUCCAAAAAUGGAGCAAUUUCCCUUGUUAGGGAGCAAAAUCAUUGGUUCAGCACAAAGAACCUUCACACACAAGUCUUAUUAGUUUUCCUAAAAAGCUUAGGACUAGUUGUCUUAUCGGAAUCAGUUGAAGGAAUGAUGAAAGUGACAUUGCCGAUUGUGGGACUGGCAGCUGCUGGAGGCUUGUCAUUUGUAACAACUCUGAUUCAACUGGAGAUUAUUCUGAGAAGUGCUCGGAAUGUGGCUUUGGAGGUCCAGAAGUGGAUCGGAGAUAAAUCGCUGGAUAAAGACCCAGACCCUUUCAUGGAUCCUGAUUUCUUGUAGUUUGUAUUCUCCUUGUGUCACUCAAUUUUUUAUUAUUAUACUUUGUAGUAGUGUUAAAAAGUUUAAAAUAAUUAUAGAUUGCUACAGAUUAUUGAAACUCGCAAUUUAAUUUUGUAAAUUGAUUACAUAAUUGUAAGCAGGGGCUGAUUU